GCCGACAUGUUCCAGCCAAUUCUAUUUCUAGGCUUGUACCUACUUCUUCACUAGAAUGGCUUCACGAAAAACUGUCAAUCGCCGACAGCGGCCACAGCGAGCAACAUCUAAUGUCUUUGCUAUGUUUGACCAGGCCCAAAUACAGGAGUUCAAGGAAGCGUUCAACAUGAUAGAUCAGAAUCGUGAUGGAUUCAUCGAUCAAGCGGAUUUGCAAGAGAUGUUCGCUUCGCUAGGUAAAGACGUAAACGAACAAUUCCUGGAUUCGAUGGUGAAUGAAGCUCCUGGAGCGAUCAACUUCACCAUGUUUUUGACGCUGUUUGGUGAAAAAUUGACAGGAACUGAUCCUGAAGAAGUGAUCCGAAAUGCAUUUCAAUGUUUUGACGAAGACAAUUCGGGUAAAUUAAGCGAAGAUCGACUUCGUGAAUUGCUGACAACGAUGGGUGAUCGCUACACUCAUGAGCAGGUCGAUGAGCUGUUCCGCGAUGCUCCCAUCAAGAAUGGAAAUUUUGACUAUGUGGAAUUCACUCGCAUGCUCAAGCACGGCACGAAGGACAAGGAUGAACAGUAAUUCUUCACCUUCUGUCUUAAUAUGAUUGCACUCGAUUGUUGUGCAUUGGCUCUUUCACUGUAAUAUCAUUGGCAGCUAAUUUAUGUGAAUUUAUAUGUGCAAAAAGUGCUUUUAAUGAACUCGACCAUUCCCUACUUGAUAUCUGUAACUACUAAUAAUCAAGUUUUAACGUAUGCUCUUUUAUGUGCUAUCAGGCUGCAUAAACGAUAUUUAAAACUGGAUAAAGUAAUUGAGAGAGCGG